AUGGAAUUAAAGUGCAAAUAUAUUGUAAACAGCCUUGCGUGUAUCGUUUUGGUAGGGUUUUUUCUACUCUGGCCUGGCCAUGUGCAUGGUGCAGUAGUUGUGGUUGGGGCACGCCCGUACCUGGAAAGAGUUGCAAAACGCGUGGUAGACAUUUUGGAGGGUAGAUACAUUUCUGGGAGCUCACUACCUAUCGCGGACUAUGUAGCUCCUCUUCAGAUCACCGACAAAGGGCUUUCCAUCCAUGGUAACGUAUCGUUUCACUCUGCCUUCCUCGCCAAGGUCGAUUCGAUCGAGUUCGAUGAGCAAAAAUUUUCGGAAAUAUUUCUCAAUACGGAAGUAACGAUGCAAGGCGCUUUAAAGUGGCACGGUAUUGGGGUGGUACUGGACUUUCAGGCCUACUUAGAAGAAUACGAAGGGACGGGCACACUGUACGUCACGUACAAUCAGUUCGAUUUCCCAUUAAGAGUGACGAAAUAUUUCAAUUCCACUGAACCCACCGGGUCGCUACAAUUCAUGUCCAUAGAUAACUCGAACAGGAUCGUCACUGUAGGCUAUCCCAACAACAAGUAUGUGCAGUUAAUUUCACGAGCGAUAAUGACGGAUUUUGACUUCCGCGACAACAUGAUAGCCUCGUUUCGGAAUUGGAAUUUUCAAAAUUUACUGAAAGCGGUUAUCGACGAAAUACCAUUUCCCGAAGUGUGUUACAAUUGUUAA